CACAAACACACCCCUUACCUCGCCGCCGGCCGGUUCUUUCUCCCUUCCUCCGAUCAAUCCCCUCUCUUCUUUCCUUCUCCACCUCCAAACCGCCGUGGCCUCCGCCGGUCAACGACAAUGGAUCCGUCCCGAGCCACGGCCACUUCCGUCAACGGCUUCUACAACUUCAUGGCCAGAGGCCUCAACGACCUAGACCAAACCCUGAUCGCCAACUCGUCGCCGGCGGUGCUGACAUCAUCCCAGUUCCUCCAGAAGGUUCUCUCCUGCCUCCAGUCCUUCCACACGCAGCUCACCAUCCUCGUCCAGAAGCUCCACCUCCCCGUCGGCGACAAGUGGCUCGACGAGUACAUGGACGAGAGCUCCCGCCUCUGGGAAGCCUGCCACAUCAUCAAGUCCGGCCUCUCGGGGAUCGAGCCCUUCUACACCUCCGGCCUCAACGUCGCCGCCUCCUUCAACCCCCAGCUCUCCCGUCAGGUGAUCCGGGCGAUCGUGGGGUGCCAGAGGCAGAUGGCGGGGCUGGAGGAGGACAACAGGAGCCUGCUCGAGACGAGGAUCAGAGCGCUGACGAUCAACGUGGACCGACACCACCACCACCACCACCAUCACCGCUACAACCAUCAACAGUCACGGAUGAGGAUGGAGUCGACGAGGAUGAGCAACGCGUUCAGCGGGUUUCGAGGAGUCCUGUACGCGAUGAGGAGGGCGACGUCGUUGCUGCUGACGAUCCUGUUCGGCGGAUUGGUGUACUACUCGUGGCCCGAGUACUCGUCGAGCAGCUUCUUCGACCUCGAUCAGGACGAAGAAGGCUACUCGACCACCUCGUCGUCCUCCAAUCUCGUGGGAGCGAUGGCCAGGCUGCAUCAAAGGGUUGGAGAUGGGAUGAUGAUGAUGAUGAAUGGGAAUGGGAAUGGGAAUGGGAAUGGGAAUGGUGGGAUCAUGAUGAAGGAGUUUGGGGAGGCAAAGGAGGCAUUGGGGGAGCUUAAAGUGGAGCUCGAGAGGGUGGUGGAGUCAUCAUCGCCAUUGACGGAAGAAGAAGGAGUGGUUGGUGGGAUUGUUGUGGGGAAAGUGGAGAAAGUGGAGAGGUGUUUUGGGAAGUUGAGGAGUGGGGUGGAGGCCAUGAUUGGUGGGCUUGAUGAUUUCUUUGAUGAAAUAGUUGAAGGGAGGAAGAAGCUUUUGGAGAUUUGCAGCCAUAGGUAGGGUUUUUUUUUUAUUUUUUUUGAUUUGGUGUUUGUUGUACCUAUUGAUCGAUCGAUGUAGUUUGUUGUGUUCGACUUUCUACUUGCUAAUAGCUACUAGUUAUUGCUCUUUUUCCCACUACUUAUAAUUAGGGGCCCCAUGUGUAGCCAUAGUGGGUAGCUAGUUAGCCUAGAAGAUAAUGAAAAUUUGGAACCCAAAAAAAAAGAAAAAGGAGAGAGAGAGAGAGAUUGAUUGCUAUAUAUUUGCCAUUUUGUAAC